GGGGGAUGGAGAGGGAGUGACUCGGGGACCGGCUGGUAUCGGGACCGGAUGCCUGUAAAGUGAUGCAGUGUUAUAAUAACAAUUCAUUUCAAGACCGCUGCACAUCUGCAUAAAUAGGAUUAAAGGAGCCUAACUGCCAUCAACAAUCUCUGGUUACACAUGAUGUAUUAAACAGAUUCUACUUUGUAAAGUCCCCCUCCUCCCCUUUUGCUCUGAUUUUCCCUGUCCCUGGAGUAUGAAUAGCGAUUCUUUGACGGAAGACCCCCAGUGAGGUUCACACUAGCCAGCCGUCAUCAUGGUUGCCCUGUCACUGAAGAUAUGUGUCCGGCAGUGCAAUGUUGUGAAGACCAUGCAAUUUGAACCAUCCACUGCUGUGUAUGAUGCCUGCCGGAUUAUUAGAGAGAGGGUCCCCGAAGCCCAAACUGGUCAAGCAUUCGACUAUGGACUGUUCUUAUCAGAUGAAGACCCCAGGAAAGGAAUCUGGCUGGAGGCUGGCAGGACACUGGAUUAUUACAUGCUGCGGAAUGGGGAUGUGCUGGAAUACAAAAAGAAGCAGCGGCCCCAGAAGAUUCGAAUGUUGGAUGGAGCAGCUAAGAUGAUUAUGGUGGAUGACUCUAAGACUGUGGGGGAGCUUCUGGUGACCAUCUGUAGUAGGAUAGGAAUCACAAACUAUGAGGAGUACUCCCUCAUACGUGAGACUAUUGAGGAGAAAAAAGAAGAACCAACGGGAACACUGAAGAAAGAUCGAACACUACUUAGAGAUGAGAAGAAAAUGGAAAGACUCAAAGCUAAACUUCACACAGAGGAUGAAUUGAACUGGUUGGAUCACAGCCGCACGUUCCGAGAGCAAGGUGUGGAUGAAAAUGAGACGUUGCUUCUCCGCAGGAAGUUCUUCUACUCUGAUCAGAAUGUGGAUUCUAGGGACCCCGUCCAGCUGAACCUUCUCUAUGUUCAGGCCCGCGAUGAUAUUUUGAAUGGUUCUCAUCCGGUGUCUUUUGAAAAGGCCUGUGAAUUUGGUGGCAUCCAAACACAGAUUCAGUUUGGACCCCAUGUGGAAGUCAAACAUAAACCUGGAUUCUUGGACCUGAAGGAGUUUCUUCCUAAGGAAUACAUCAAACAGAGGGGCGCAGAGAAGAAGUUAUUUCAGGAGCAUAAAAAUUGUGGAGAAAUGACAGAAAUUGAAGCUAAGGUGAAAUAUGUGAAGUUGGCACGGUCUCUGCGCACAUACGGCGUCUCGUUCUUCUUGGUAAAGGAGAAAAUGAAGAGUAAGAAUAAAUUGGUACCACGUCUUCUGGGGAUUACCAAGGACUCGGUUAUGCGUGUGGAUGAAAAAACCAAGGAAGUGGUGCAGGAAUGGCCCCUGACAACUGUCAAACGCUGGGCCGCGUCUCCAAAAAGUUUCACACUGGAUUUUGGAGAGUAUCAGGAGAGCUAUUAUUCUGUGCAAACCACAGAAGGGGAGCAAAUAUCUCAGCUGAUUGCCGGAUACAUUGACAUCAUACUCAAAAAGAAACAAAGCAAGGAUCGGUUUGGUCUAGAAGGAGACGAAGAAUCAACAAUGUUAGAGGAGUCAGUCUCACCAAAAAAAUCAACUAUCCUGCAGCAGCAGCAGGUUACCCGACCUGGGAAGCCUGAGAUUGGCUCAGUUGCUCUCCCUGCUAUAAUACGAUCAGGAUCUAGUGGACCAGAGACGUUUAACAUGGGAAGCAUGCCAUCUGCCCAACAGCAACUCACCACGGGCCAGAUAUACAGAGGGCAUAUGCCACCACUGUCUUCUGCCCAGCAGGCUCUGAUGGGGACCAUUAAUACGAGUAUCCAUGCAGUGCAACAAGCACAUGAUGACCUUAGUCAGGUGGACAACUUGCCCCCUCUAGGACAUGACAUGGCAUCAAGAGUUUGGGUUCAAAACAAGGUUGAUGAGUCAAAACAUGAGAUCCACUCACAGGUCGAUGCUAUCACUGCAGGGACAGCUUCUGUAGUGAACCUAACUGCAGGUGAUCCCGCGGAAACUGAUUACACAGCUGUGGGAUGUGCCAUCACCACCAUCUCUUCCAACCUAACCGAGAUGUCAAAGGGUGUGAAGUUGUUGGCUGCGCUGAUGGAAGAUGAGGUUGGGAGCGGAGAGAAGUUGUUAGGAGCCGCAAGGACUCUGGCUGGCGCGGUCUCCGACCUGCUUACUGCUGUGCAGCCGACAUCUGAAGAACCACGUCAAACUGUUCUCACAGCGGCUGGCAGCAUUGGACAGGCCAGCGGAGACCUACUACGGCAAAUCGGGGAGAGUGAAGCGGAUGAGCGGUUCCAGGAUGUGCUGAUGAGUCUUGCAAAGGCCGUAGCCAAUGCGGCUGCCAUGCUGGUAUUGAAGGCCAAAAAUGUGGCACAAGUGACGGAGGACACAGUCCUGCAGAACAGAGUAAUUGCAGCUGCCACACAGUGUGCCCUCUCCACUUCCCAAUUGGUAGCAUGUGCCAAGGUGGUGAGUCCAACCAUUAGUUCACCCGUGUGCCAGGAGCAGCUGAUUGAAGCAGGAAAGCUGGUGGACCGUUCUGUGGAGAACUGUGUGCGCGCAUGCCAAUCGGCUACAGAAGACCCUGAGCUUCUGAAGCAGGUCAGCUCAGCAGCCAGUGUUGUCAGCCAGACACUUAAUGACCUCUUGCAGCAUGUUCGCCAGUUUGCGAGCCGCGGAGAGCCGAUAGGACGCUAUGACCAAGCCACAGACACCAUCAUGUCGGUGACCGAGAGCAUCUUCAGCUCUAUGGGGGAUGCAGGAGAGAUGGUGCGGCAGGCCAGGGUACUAGCCCAAGCAACGUCUGACCUAGUGAAUGCUAUGAGGUCCGAUGCAGAAGCUGAAAUAGACAUGGAUAAUUCCAAGAAGCUACUGGCAGCUGCUAAACUGCUGGCUGAUUCCACUGCUCGUAUGGUGGAGGCUGCAAAGGGAGCUGCAGCCAACCCUGAGAAUGAAGACCAGCAACAACGACUCAGAGAAGCAGCUGAGGGACUGCGAGUGGCCACCAAUGCAGCUGCCCAGAAUGCUAUUAAGAAGAAGAUUGUUAAUCGUCUUGAGGCGGCAGCGAAGCAGGCAGCGGCAGCUGCUACGCAAACCAUUGCAGCUGCCCAGAACGCAUCCAUCUCCAAUAAGAACAUGUCAGCUCAUCAACAGCUGGUCCAGAGCUGUAAGGUUGUUGCUGACCAUAUCCCUCAACUGGUGCAAGGAGUGAGGGGAAGCCAGGCCCAGGCUGAGGAUCUGAGCGCCCAGCUCACUCUCAUUGUAUCCAGUCAAAACUUCUUGCAGCCGGGAAGUAAAAUGGUGGCUUCUGCAAAGGCUGCUGUGCCUACAGUCACUGACCAAGCAGCUGCAAUGCAGUUGGGUCAGUGCGCCAAGAAUCUUGCUACCAGCUUGGCUGAGCUCCGUACUGCUGCACAAAAGGCUCAUGAAGCCUGUGGACCAAUGGAAAUCGAUUCAGCCCUGAAUGCCGUACAGACUUUAAAGAAUGAACUUCAGGAUGCAAAAAUGGCCGCCUCUGACAGGCAGUUGAAGCCACUUCCAGGCGAGACGCUUGAGAAAUGCUCUCAGGAUCUUGGUAGCACGUCUAAAACAGUUGGCUCGUCUAUGGCUCAGCUUCUUACAUGUGCCGCUCAGGGAAACGAACACUACACAGGUGUGGCAGCGAGGGAGACUGCUCAGGCUUUGAAGAUCCUGGCACAGUCGGCUCGAGGUGUAGCUGCUUCCACCAGUGAUCCCCAGGCUGCCAGUGAUAUGCUAGACUCUGCCCGCGAUGUAAUGGAUGGGUCUGCCAAGCUCAUCCAGGAAGCCAAGCAAGCUCUGGUGGCUCCAGGGGAUGCAGAGAUUCAGCAGAGGCUGGCCCAGGUGGCCAAAGCUGUCUCACAUUCUCUGAAUAACUGUGUGAAUUGUCUGCCGGGGCAGAAGGAUGUGGACAUGGCACUAAAGAGCAUUGGAGAGUCCAGCAAGAAGCUUUUGGUGGAUACGCUGCCUCCAAGCACAAAGUCUUUCCAAGAGGCCCAAAGUGGGCUAAAUCAGGCAGCUGAAGAUCUAAAUCAGUCGGCAGGAGAAGUGGUCCAUGCGUCACGUGGCCAAACCGGGGAGCUGGCUGCUGCUUCUGGCAAAUUUAGUGACGAUUUUGAUGAGUUCUUGGAUGCGGGUAUUGAAAUGGCUGGACAGACGCAGAAUAAAGAUGACCAAAUACAGGUGAUAGGCAACCUGAAGACCAUCUCAAUGGCUUCCAGCAAGCUGCUCCUGGCUGCCAAGUCUCUGUCUGUAGAUUCCGGAGCACCCAGUGCCAAAAACCUUCUGGCAGCUGCUGCGAGAGCCGUGACUGAAAGCAUAAACCAGCUGAUCACCCUGUGCACGCAGCAGGCUCCGGGGCAGAAGGAGUGUGACAACGCUCUGCGAGAGCUUGAGACUGUGAAGGGGAUGCUAGAGAACCCAAAUGAGCCUGUCAGUGACCUUUCUUAUUUUGACUGCAUUGAGAGUGUGAUGGAAAAUUCAAAGGUCCUUGGAGAAUCCAUGGCCGGUAUCUCUCAAAAUGCCAAGACUGGAGACCUACCGACAUUUGGGGAGUGUGUUGGUGUUGCCUCCAAAGCCCUGUGUGGUCUGACAGAGGCUGCUUCCCAGGCUGCCUACCUUGUGGGUAUUUCUGAUCCCAAUAGCCAGGCCGGUCAGCAGGGUCUGGUGGAUCCCAUUCAGUUUGCAAGAGCCAAUCAAGCCAUCCAGAUGGCAUGCCAGAAUCUAGUAGAUCCAGCCAGUAGUCCAUCACAGGUUCUUUCGGCUGCCACCAUAGUAGCCAAACACACUUCGGCUUUGUGUAAUGCCUGCCGCAUUGCGUCGUCCAAAACUGCCAACCCCGUGGCUAAGAGGCACUUUGUUCAGUCAGCUAAGGAAGUUGCAAAUAGUACCGCCAACCUUGUGAAAACAAUCAAGACACUAGAUGGAGAUUUUUCAGAUGACAAUCGGGAGAAAUGCAGCAUCGCAACAGCUCCUCUCAUCUCAGCUGUGGAAAACCUAACCGCAUUUGCCUCAAAUCCUGAAUUUGCCAGUAUCCCAGCCCAGAUCAGCACCGAGGGUUCAAAAGCACAAGAGCCCAUUUUGGUGUCUGCUGUCACCAUGCUGGAAAGUUCAUCUUCGCUUAUCAAGACUGCACGGUCACUUGCCAUCAAUCCCAAAGAUCCACCGACUUGGUCCAGUUUUGCAGGUCACUCUCGUAUAGUAUCGGAUUCCAUCAAGAGCCUGAUUACCUCCAUCAGAGACAAAGCCCCAGGACAGAGAGAAUGUGACCAAUCCAUUGAUAGCAUCAACCAUUUCAUCCGUGACAUUGAGCAGGCAUCACUUGCGAGUGUCAGCCAGAACCUUGCCACACGAGAUGAUAUCUCACUGGAGGCUCUGCAGGACCAGCUGACAUCGGUUGUCCAGGAAAUUGGUCAUCUCAUUGAUCCCAUAACUACUGCAGCCAGAGGAGAAGCAGCUCAGCUGGGGCACAAGGUCACACAGCUUGCCAGCUACUUUGAGCCUUUGAUCCAAUCUGCUGUUGGGUUAGUAUCCAAGAUCCUGGACCAUCAACAGCAGUUGACUGUGUUAGAUCAAACCAAGACACUGGCGGAAUCUGCUUUACAGAUGCUGUAUGCUGCAAAGGAAGGAGGAGGAAACCCCAAGGCGUCUCAUACUCACGAUGCGAUUGCAGAGGCAGCUCAAUUAAUGAAGGAGGCUGUGGAUGACCUAAUGAUUACAUUGAAUGAGGCUGCUAGUGAAGUUGGGAUGGUUGGGGGUAUGGUGGACUCCAUUGCAGAGGCUAUGAGUAAGCUUGAUGAAGGAACACCACCUGAACCCACCGGAACAUUUGUGGAUUACCAGACUACAGGUGUUAAAUACUCAAAAGCUAUUGCAGUCACUGCCCAGGAGAUGAUGGCCAAGUCUGUAACUAACCCCGAGGAGCUGGGCGGGCUGGCCUCGCAGGUGACCAGUGAUUAUGGAAAUCUAGCAGUUCAAGGACGCAUGGCUGCAGCCACAGCAGAACCCAAGGAGAUUGGAGUUCAGAUAAAAUCACGCAUUCAAGACUUGGGGCAUGGCUGCAUCUUUUUGGUACAGAAAGCUGGAGCAUUGCAGAUCUGCCCUUCGGAUGGUUACACAAAGCGUGAGCUGAUUGAGUGUGCCAGAACCGUCACGGAGAAGGUGUCUUUAGUGUUGUCAGCCUUGCAGGCUGGUAAUAAAGGAACACAAGCCUGCAUAACUGCUGGCGGUGCCGUGUCUGGCAUCAUUGCUGACCUGGACACCACCAUAAUGUUUGCUUCUGCUGGAACGCUCAACGCUGAAAAUAAAGAAUCCUUCGCUGAUCACAGGGAAAACAUACUAAAGACUGCCAAGGCACUUGUGGAAGACACAAAGCUGCUGGUUUCAGGGGCAGCAUCAAGCCAAGAGAAGCUGGCACAGGCAGCCCAGUCUUCAGCCAACACCAUUACACAGCUGGCAGAGGUGGUGAAACUGGGAGCAGCAAGUCUGGGGUCAGAUGAUCCAGAAACCCAGGUGGUGCUAAUUAAUGCCAUCAAAGAUGUGGCCAAAGCUUUGGGAGACUUAAUCGGAGCCACAAAAAGUGCUGCAGGGAAGGCAGCUGAUGACCCUUCCAUGUAUCAGCUGAAGAGUGCAGCGAAGGUAAUGGUUACAAAUGUGACUUCCUUGCUGAAGACUGUGAAAGCUGUGGAAGAUGAAGCAACACGUGGUACGCGGGCCUUGGAGGCCACCAUUGAGCACAUCAAGCAGGAACUUACGGUCUUCCAUUCAAAGGAGGUUCCUGAAAAGACUUCUUCCCCCGAAGAAUCUAUCCGCAUGACCAAAGGAAUCACUACAGCAACAGCGAAGGCUGUUGCAGCAGGGAACUCAUGCAGACAGGAUGAUGUGAUUGCCACCGCAAACUUGAGCCGUAAGGCUGUGUCUGAAAUGUUAAUAGCCUGUAAGCAAGCUGUUUACCAUCCAGAUGUCAGUGCAGAUACCAGGGAACGGGCAUUACGAUACGGGACUGAAUGCACCAUGGGAUACUUGGAGAUGCUGGAACAUGUUUUAAUGAUUCUGCAAAAGCCAACCCCAGAAGCAAAACAUCAGUUAUCUGCGUUCUCAAAGCGUAUUGCAGCGGCUGUGACUGAGCUCAUCCAGACCACGGAAACCAUGAAAGGCACUGAAUGGGUGGACCCAGAGGACCCCACGGUAAUCGCUGAAACUGAACUCCUCGGGGCGGCUGCAUCUAUUGAGGCAGCUGCCAAAAAACUGGAGCAGCUUAAACCCAGAGCCAAGCCUAGGCAGGCAGACGAGACACUGGAUUUUGAGGAACAGAUCCUAGAGGCAGCCAAGUCUAUUGCUGCCGCAACAAGUGCAUUAGUGAAAUCUGCAUCAGCUGCACAAAGAGAGCUGGUAGCACAGGGCAAGGUUGGAGCUAUUGCUGCCAAUGCAGCUGAUGAUGGUCAGUGGUCUCAAGGACUCAUUUCAGCUGCUAGAAUGGUGGCUGCAGCAACCAGUAACCUGUGUGAAUCGGCCAACGCCUCAGUGCAGGGCCACGCCAGUGAGGAGAAACUGAUCUCCUCUGCCAAGCAAGUAGCAGCCUCCACUGCCCAGCUCCUGGUGGCCUGCAAGGUGAAAGCUGACCAAGACUCGGAAGCCAUGAGGAGACUUCAGGCUGCAGGUAAUGCUGUGAAACGUGCCUCUGAUAACCUUGUGAGAGCGGCGCAGAAAGCUGCUUUCAGCAAAGCCGAAGAUGAUGAUGUGGUGGUCAAGACAAAGUUUGUAGGGGGAAUUGCACAGAUCAUUGCUGCCCAGGAGGAAAUGCUAAAAAAGGAGAGAGAGUUGGAAGAAGCACGGAAAAAGUUAGCUCAGAUCCGACAGCAGCAGUACAAGUUUCUGCCCUCAGCCCUGAGAGAGGAGGAAAGCUAGAGAGAGAGAGAGCUUGCAUAAAGAUUAUUCUCCUCUUGUAUCUGAAACCAGAGCCUGUUUGGCCCCAGCCAAGGAAGAAAAAGACCAGCUGGAAGGCCUCACAGUGGCCCUAUGGACACCCAGAUGGUGGGGUGAAGGUUGGACUUUCACACUUCCAAGAAUAACAGUAUUACUUCCCAAGGUGGACAUAUACAAUAUGAGUAUAUAAGUUAAGAAAUAUUUACAUGAAGAUAUACACCUGCAGGAACUUUGAGAAACUCAGAUGGGGAAACUAAACCUCUGAAACAUUGUGUUUUUAAAAUCCUCCCUUUAAUGGAACCUCUUUAUUUCAACUGUAGAUGCCUGCAAUGCAGUGUGAAGCAGGGAAGAGGUUAAACUACCUGUUUUUUUUUUUCUAGUCUGUUUUACAGUUUGAUUUUGUCACUGGAAUAUGUCUUUACCCUAAAAUGAUGUACAAACAGCCUCUUGGGAAUAAAAGACACUUAUAAUGAAAA